AACAGAGUAAUGGCUGAGAUCUCCCCUGAUGCCCUCUGCCAACCAGAUGACAUUUUGGAAAGGGACACUGCUGUCCAGGGAAAUCUGAAAAACAGGACACCAGUGGACAAUCUAGCACUGACCUCCACCAACACCGACUUCGCCUUCAGCCUCUACAAGGAACUGGCUUUGAAGAAUCCAGAUAGAAAUGUCGUCUUCUCUCCAUUCAGCAUCUCAACAGCCUUGGCCGUCCUGUCACUGGGAGCAAGCAGCAACACCCUGAAAGAGAUUCUAGGAGGUCUCAAGUUCAAUCUCACAGAGACCACUGAGGCAGACAUCCACCGGGGCUUUGGGCACCUCCUCCACAUGCUCAGCCAGCCAGGGGACCAGGUGCAGAUCAGAACAGGUAGUGCCAUGUUUAUUGAAAAGCACCUACAGAUCCUAGCAGAGUUCAAGGAGAAGGCAAAGGCACUGUACCAGGCUGAGGCCUCCGUGAUUGACUUCCAGCAGCCUCAGAAAGCCAAAAAGCUCAUCAAUGACUAUGUGAACAAACAGACCCAGGGGAAGAUCAAGGAACUGAUCUCAGACAUGGAUGAGAGUUCAUUAAUGGUGCUGGUGAAUUACAUCUACUUUAAAGGGAAAUGGAACAGACCAUUUGAUCCUCAUGACACAUUCGAAUCUGAGUUCCAUUUGGACAAGAAGAGAUCUGUGAGGGUGCCCAUGAUGAAAAUUGAGGAUCUGACCACACCCUACUUCCGGGAUGAGGAUCUGUCCUGUUCUGUGGUGGAGCUGAAGUACAAGGGAAAUGCCAGUGCCCUGUUCAUCCUCCCUGACAUGGGCAAAAUGCAGCAGGUGGAAGCCAGCUUGCAACCAGAGACCCUGAGGAAAUGGAAGGACUCUCUGAGGCCCAGGAUGAUCGAUGAGCUCUACAUGCCCAAGUUCUCCAUCUCCACUGACUACAGCCUGGAGAACAUCCUUCCAUCACUGGGCAUCAGGGAAGUCUUCUCCAAACAGGCUGACCUGUCUAGGAUCACAGGAGCCAAGGACCUAAGAGUCUCUCAGGUGGUCCACAAGGCUGUGCUGGAUGUGGCUGAGACAGGCACAGAAGCAGCUGCUGCCACAGGAUUCAAAAUGGUCCUUUUUUGUGCAAAACAUAUAUCAAUGACAGUCUGUUUCAACAGGCCAUUCCUGAUGUUUAUCUCUGAAACAGAUACUCAGAUGAUCCUCUUUCUGGCCAAAAUAUACAACCCUAAAUGAGGCUAGAGCUUCCCAAGUGGUAAGGCUUCGGCCCAGGAGCCCAGGAAGGAGCCUGCAUGAGGGUGUGUACAUUCUGCACUCCAUGUUCUGAUUGGCUUC